GCUUCGUUCACCAUUUUUCACAGCCGCCAUGUUGGUCCACGGUUUACGGCGUGCGUCAAGAACCGCUCUUAGACCUAACUUUGUUUCUCGCACUCUGAGACAAACUCAACAGAGAACACUUCCAGUAUGUUCGCAACUAUAUAAUCGUCGUUAUGUUUCAACCGAUAAGCCCGUGUCCGCUGCGGCUGCUGCAUCGGCUGCUGCACCUAAAGCAGGCUCAGCAGCUCCGGCCGCCGCACCAGGAGCAGUUGGUAAAAUCAUCGCUGUUAUUGGUGCCGUUGUUGAUGUACAAUUUGACGAGGCCCUCCCUCCCAUUUUGAACUCCUUGGAGGUCGAAGGUAGAUCACCGAGACUCAUCCUAGAAGUCGCACAACAUUUAGGUGAAAACACUGUGCGAACCAUUGCUAUGGAUGGUACAGAGGGUCUUGUUAGAGGCCAAAUAUGUAAGGAUACUGGUGGGCCAAUAACAAUCCCUGUAGGUCCAGAAACACUAGGAAGAAUUAUCAAUGUCAUUGGAGAGCCUAUCGAUGAAAGGGGACCUGUUGAUACUGACAAACGUGCUGCCAUUCAUGCAGAAGCACCUGAAUUUGUGGAAAUGAGUACAGAACAAGAGAUUCUAGUAACAGGAAUCAAAGUAGUGGAUCUUCUUGCACCAUAUGCUAAGGGUGGAAAGAUUGGUCUGUUUGGAGGAGCUGGUGUUGGAAAAACUGUGCUUAUCAUGGAGUUAAUUAACAACGUUGCUAAAGCCCAUGGUGGUUACUCUGUGUUUGCUGGUGUGGGAGAAAGAACACGUGAAGGAAAUGACUUGUAUCAUGAAAUGAUCGUGUCCGGUGUCAUCAGCUUGAAGGACAAGAGUUCCAAGGUAGCUCUGGUGUAUGGUCAGAUGAACGAGCCUCCGGGUGCCCGUGCCCGAGUAGCAUUGACUGGCCUGACUGUAGCUGAGUACUUCCGUGAUGAGGAAGGACAGGAUGUGCUGCUUUUUAUCGACAACAUCUUCCGUUUCACUCAAGCUGGUUCAGAGGUGUCUGCUCUGCUGGGACGUAUUCCAUCAGCUGUAGGAUACCAGCCAACUCUAGCCACGGAUAUGGGUACUAUGCAAGAGAGAAUUACCACCACAAGAAAGGGCUCUAUCACAUCUGUACAGGCUAUCUAUGUGCCAGCUGAUGACUUGACAGAUCCUGCCCCAGCCACCACAUUUGCUCACUUGGAUGCCACCACUGUGCUUUCUCGAGGCAUUGCUGAGCUAGGAAUUUACCCAGCUGUGGACCCUCUGGAUUCAACAUCUCGUAUCAUGGAUCCCAAUGUUGUUGGGCAAGAGCACUAUGAAGUAGCUAGAGGAGUGCAGAAGAUUUUGCAAGAUCACAAAUCUCUCCAAGAUAUCAUUGCUAUCUUGGGCAUGGAUGAGUUGUCUGAAGAUGACAAACUGACUGUGGCUCGUGCAAGAAAGAUCCAGAGAUUCCUUUCACAGCCUUUCCAAGUUGCUGAGGUUUUCACGGGCCACGAUGGCAAGCUUGUUCCGUUACCGGACACUAUCUCAGGAUUUAAGAAAAUCCUCCAUGGGGAAUAUGAUCAUCUACCUGAAGUUGCAUUCUACAUGGUAGGGGACAUCAGUGAGGCUGUAGCAAAGGCAGAGAGACUGGCUGAGGAAGUGCAGUAAACAGCUCUUUUCUUUUCAGACUUGUAAAUGUACUAUGGGUUGAUACACUUGCCGUGUGCUGUUUUUUUACAACAUUUCAACUUGAAUAAAUUGAAGUUUGAACAUCUUGA